AUGGGCACUCCGGCCUCGGUGGCGAGCGACUCUCCGGGACGAGCGGCGCCUGCAGCCCGCGCCCGUAAGCAGGCCUCGGCCAACAUCUUUCAGGGAGUGGGGCUGCGAGAGCUGCGGAGCCUGUUCCGGAGCGGCGGGGCCGAGCGGCCCGAGGAGCGAGCCUGCCUCGUCUGGCGGUACGCGGGCCAGCGGCGCAUGGCUCGGGCCCUGCGGCGGCUUCGGCGACGGCGACCAGCCCGGCCCGGCGGUGGCAUGGCAGCGCUACGGGGCUUCGAACACCUUCGGAUCGCGGAGAAGAAGCUGGAGGGUGACUGCGGGGCCGAGGCGGACUCGGGGUCCAUGUAGCAGCGCUGAGUGACUGCUCUGCAAGGACCCUAAGUAUACUGGGCAGGGUGCAAUGAAUGGUUAAUAAAGGGUGGACAGUGGUGGCUGGGUGAGGCUCUGGUUGUGUCCUGCCCCUUCCUGAGUGGCAGAACCAUGGUCCAGGCUGUUGUAUGGCACCUAGCACAAGGGGAAUGGCCCCACACCACGGGUCACGUCGGAACAGA